UGGGACCUUCUCCUCUCCUGAGCUGCCUGCUAUGGGCAGCCAUGGUUUGUGUGACCGUGGCGCAAACCCCAAGGUUCCUGGUCACUGCACCCCGCCUUCUGCAUGUGGGUGGUAAAGAAGAUGUGUGGGUGCAGAUGGAGUGGCCUCAGGGCGCCGAAGUGCCAAAUAAUGUUGCGGUAGAGAUGUACCUGCGCAAUCAGAUUACCUUUGACGAGUGCUCAGAACAUUACCAUUUAAAUCUGAACACGAGGAACAACCACAUAAGUAAACAGACUAUAGAGCUCACCCCCACGAGGGCCUCCUCAUGUAAAGUGGAAAAUCAAAAGAGCAGCAGGUAUGUCCAGCUGGUUAUAACUAGUGCCGCCCUAGGAAAAAUGCAAGUUGUGUCCAUACCUAUCUCCUACAAGAAAGGCUACAUCUUCAUCCAGACUGACAAGAGCGUAUACACUCCCAAAGAAUCAGUUAGAGUCAGAAUGUUCACUCUGGACCACAUGAUGAGACCUACAGAUGAAUCCAUUAAAAGCACAGUGAUUAAUGCAGCAGGUUUGCAAGUAAGGACGAUUCAGAAGCUUUCCCCAAACUCAGUUGUCACUGACAAGUUUGAAAUUCCAGAUAUUUCAAUUACUGGAGUGUGGAGGAUAUCGGCGUAUUAUACCUCGGCUCCAGAAUCAAACUUUACCACAGAAUUUGAAGUGAAAAAGUAUGUUCUUCCAAAUUUUGAGGUGAAGAUCAUACCAGAGCUCCCGUGUUUCCAGAUAAAUAAAGAGCAGUUCAGCAUCAAAGUGGAAGCCAGGUAUGUGUAUGGAGAACCUGUGGAUGGCGUGGUUCACGUACGUGUCGGAAUAAUAGACCAGGCUGGGAAGAAAACGAUGCUGCAAGGCCUGGAACAACAAGUGCAGAUAAAGGAUGCAGAAGGUUCGGUCCAAAUAAACAGAGAUGACAUCCUGAAGAAGAUUGCUCAGCCCGUGGAGAACUUGGUGGGGUCCACAUUCUACAUUGUGGCUACUGUACUGGAGAAGGCUUCCGGAACUCUGGAAGAAAAGGAGCUCACCUCUGUAAAGUUUGUGACUUCCCCCUAUAACCUCGAUUUCUCCAAAACAAGGAAAUAUUACACCCCCGGAACACCAGCACAAAUUGUGGCAGAAGUCACCUAUACAGACGGCACGCCAGCAAGCGGUGUCACGGUUCAACUUCUGAAAGCCAACACACAACUGAGCUCCUUCAAGUCAGAUGAGGAUGGGAAGGUGGUCUUCCAGAUCAACACAGACGCCAAGGAGAAGACCCUGGACCUCAUGGUCAGAACGGAAGAAAGUGAUGGACGGCAGGAAGAGAGAUUAGUUCUCACUCCCUACACAUCGAAAACCAACAGCUUCCUUCAUAUGGAAGUUCCCAUCCAGGUUCUGAGCCCCGGAGAAAGCAUUAAAGUCACUGUGAAGGUGGUUACUCCCCACUAUGAGCGUGUCCAGAGAGUCUAUUACAUGGUGCUCAACAAAGGUCAGAUCCUGGAUUUGAGGUUCAUAGAGAAAAGUGAAUUCAUGGCAUUUUCCUUUCCGGUUUCGAACAAAAUGGUUCCCUCCUUCCGCAUCAUCGCCUAUUACUACCUGGACUCCGAGAUUGUAGCCAACUCAGUGUGGGUAGACGUCAGCGAUGUCUGUGAAGGCAAGAUACAAAUUAGGACGGAUGUAAAGAACAGCCUUCUCCCGGGGUCACAAUUCAAGCUAACAAUGGAAACAGAUGAAGUAACAACAGUGUCCUUAUCUGCGGUGGACACCGCCGUGUACCUUGUGAAUUCCAAGGGCAAGCUGACCCCUGGCAAGGUAUUCAAGGCCAUGAACGACUAUGACCUGGGCUGCAGCCCUGGAGGAGGGAAGGAUUCCAAAUCAGUCUUCAUGGACGCCGGCGUGGCCUUUGUCUCUUCAUUCGGCUACAGUGACUUGAGUGAAUUAGGCUGCAAGGUUUCUCAGAGGAAGAAAAGAUCGAUAGACUUCACAGCACUCACCAGACAGAAAGCCGACAACUAUUCUCUAGAGCUGAAAAAAUGUUGCAACAACGGCAUUGUGCUCCCUCCUACUCACAUGGAGAGAAAUUGUGACAUCAGAGCCAAGCGUGUCAAAAGUGAGGACUGCAGAAAAGCCUUCCUAGACUGCUGCCAAUAUGCCGAGGAUCUGCGCAAGAGGAUCACCCUCGAGAAGAGGAGGAAUACUAACUUCGGGAGGACGCAGGGAGAUGAUAAAGAUGAAAAGGAUUUCACAGAUGAAAGUGAGGUUCAAGUUCGCUCAAACUUCCCGGAAAGCUGGUUAUGGAAAACGAAAAAAACAUUUUUUGACUUAAUUUUUUCUAGUGAAACUGUCCCAGUCCCAGAUUCUAUCACCACAUGGGAGAUCCAAGCAGUCGGAAUGUCUACAGGAAAAGGGUUUUGUGUGGCUGACCCGGUGAAGGUGAAAGUUUUCAAGCCGUUCCACAUUCACUUGAGAGUUCCAUUGACGGUGAAGAGAUUUGAACAGAUUGAGCUGAGACCCGUACUGUAUAACUUUGAAAACCACGACCUGAGGGUGAGAGUGUUCAUGGACACAACAGAAGGAGUGUGUACGCCCAGCACAUCUGAUGGAGGGACCAAAGGGAAGAUUGUAACUGUGGCCAAAAAGUCAGCUCUCUCCAUCCCAUUCUCUGUGGUUCCCAUCGGAAAGGAAAAUCCGACCAUUACUAUCAUGGCCCGGGGCCCGGUUGGCGUAUCUGAUGGUGUGAAAAAAGUGCUUCAUAUCGAGAGAGAAGGUGUUCCAGUAGUUGACGAGAAAACAUAUGUUUUGAAUCCAGAAGACAAAACCAGGAGUUUUUUAAGAAUCGAUCAGGGCUUACCUUCAAAUAUGAUCCCAGAUGGAGAACCCUUCUCUCAAGUGAAAGCUACCAUGGACAGCCCAAUAAACACCAUAAACAACACCCUGAGCUCGGAUGGAGUGAGCAAAUUGAUCCGUGUCCCCCAUGGCUGCGCUGAGCAAACUAUGAUCGCCACUGCCCCAGGGGUGUACGCCAUGCGCUACCUUGACCGAACCAAUAAGUGGGGUACUCUCCCACCGGAUCGCAGAGACCAGGGGCUGGAGAACAUGGGGAAUGGAUACACAAGGAUAUUACAGUACAGGAAACAAGAUGGAUCGUACGGCGCCUGGCUAAAUAGACCCAGCAGCACCUGGCUCACAUCUUUUGUGGUGAAAGUGAUGUCCUUAUGUCGUAAAUAUAUUGACAUUGACGAUGAAGAGAUCCAGAAAUCUGUCUCCUAUCUCAUCACCAAGCAGACCAAAACUGGGGCUUUCUUGGAAACCGCGCCGCUCAUCCACAAAGAUAUGGCGGGAGGUGUUUCUGGGAAGAACGCUGAAGUGUCACUCACAGCCUACGUGCUGAUUGCUCUCCACUAUUCCAAGGACGCGCUUGCUGAAGAUGACAAUAAAGUGACAAGAAGCAUUAAUAAAGGGCUAGAUUACCUGCGUACUGCGCUGAACUCCUUGUCGGAGCCAUACCCCUUGGCUAUCACCACCUACGCCCUCAAUCUUAUGUCUACCAACUCAAAGGACCAAGCCUACGAAAGCCUGAUGUCCAAAGCCCAAAAAGUGUACAACCCGUCUCAGAUGUAUUUCGGCCCUAAAGGCACAGCUCUUGCUGUUGAAACAACAUCGUAUGCGUUGCUGACGGCCCUGCUCCGGAAUGACAUUCCUAAUGCAAACCUUAUGUACACCUGGCUCACCGAGCAGCAGAACUAUGGCGGAGGAUUUAAAUCUACCCAGGACACGGUCAUGGCGCUGGAAGCUCUCUCCGAAUACUGUAUCCAAACCUCUGACGAUGACCGCAAUGAGUUAAAUUUUAUGCUUGAUUCCCCGGGAAGAUCGGAAAAAACGAAUUUCACUCUACGCAAUCAAGACUUCUUUCAGGAAGAGCUGAGAUCGUUAGGAAAAACAUUUACAGUGAAGGUAUCUGGCAAAGGGACCGGUAUCUUAACAGUCCUGAAGAGAUAUAACAUCAUGAAGGUGGAAGACUCAGACUGCUCACAGCUUGGGCUUGAGGUAUUAGUUCAUGGGGAUGAAACUGAAGACGAAGUGGACUACGGUGAUUAUGAGGAUGAUGAGAUGGCUGACGAACCCCUGGGGAACAUCCAUUGGCAUGACCUGCGCAGUAGAGCAAGAAGAGAGGUCUCUCAGCCCAAAGAGAAAUCAGUGAAAGUGGUCUACAUGGUAUCCCUGUGGAUAAAAGCUGAAGAUCGUGCCACUGGAAUGGCUAUUGUUGACAUCACCAUGCUGAGUGGAUUUGAACCCAGCGUACAGGAUCUGAACAAGCUUAAGGACGGAUCGGAGAGAUACAUCAGUCACUAUGAGAUCCAGGGGGGAAGACUUCUCAUGUACUUCGAUGAGGUCACCAGCCAUAAGGAGGUAGUAACAUUUGAGGCGUUUCAGACGGUGAAGGUGUCCCCCCUGCAGCCAGCCUCUGCCGUCCUGUAUGACUUUUAUGAGCCAGAUAACAAGUGCAGAGUGUUCUACGGCGCCCCCUCCAGGACCGCCUUCAUUUCUACCCUGUGCUCAAAUGAUGUAUGUCAGUGUGCAGAAGGUCCUUGUCCCACUUUAAAGAAGACAGCCAACAUAAAAGAGAAAGAUAAGCGCCAACAAUUUGCUUGUGACACCCCACGUGUGAUGUAUGGCUACCAUGUGAAGGUGUUGGAAAUGAAGACAGAAGAUGCAUUUAUAGUGUACAAAGUGCAAAUUAUUGAAGUUCUGAGGAGAAAUGCAGAUGAGAACAUUGAAACUGGAGACACCCGCUACUUCUACCAGCGCACAGCCUGCAAGAUGCGUUUACAAUCGGGUGCAAAGGAGUAUCUGAUUAUGGGGCAAGACGGCCAGACAGAAGACGAAGAGAAAAAGAUGAGAUACUUCCUAGAGAACAAUUCUUGGGUGGAGGAACUGGCCAGUCCACAAGCCUGUAAGAUCGCACAGGACCCUAACAAAUGCUCCUAUAUGAACAACUUCAUGAACGAUUACCGAGACAACGGCUGCAAAGUGUACCGCACCUCAAAAACUUCCCCAUAA